AUGUGGGGGGUGAGAGGAGGGGGUAAGACAGCGGCAGUGACCGCUGCAGCCAGGGUGGAUUUUAAAUUAGUAUUUAAUAGCAGCAUUAAAUGCGGACUGAUUCGGACAGAGGUGCGACGGACGGAGGAGGGGAUCGGAGGAGCGGACUCCGAGACGGUGAGUCUGCCUGAUAAAGAAGGAUUUCAUCCGCUCGAUUUAGCA